UCACAAGGAAGUAAAAAGAUCAAUGCCUAUUGCCCUGCCAGCAUGAAAGUAACGAUUAGCCCGAAUGGUAGCUGUAAUGUCAGUUAUAUAAAAACACACUUGGGCCACCAAAAUGAUUUGCGUCACCUGACAUUGACCAGAUCUGAUAAAAAACUCCUCUCCGGUGCUUCAGUUACUACAGAUUUAAAAUUUUGUGACAUAUUCGAAGAAGAGGAGGUUCCCGUUUCUUCUUCAAACGAAAAAGUGGAAAAGUUGCAUUUGGCUAACCAGAAAGAUUUAUCGAAUAUCGAAACAGCCUUUGACUGUUGGGGUACAUCCUAUAAAGACAAUGAAAUUAUCAACAUUAACUCUUGGGUUGACUCAACAGGGAAUGGUAGUAAGGCUUUAUACUACAAACCUCCCAAUAGGGUCAACAUGGAGAAUGCCGAGUUGGAAAGAGGUGAUUACCUUAUCUUCAUGAAUGAAGCGCAGAGCGAGAUUCUAAGAAGAUUCGGGCAAGAUUGCAUUUGCAUUGAUCAGACACAUGAAACAAAUUCCAAUGGUUUUCAUUUAAUAACACUGUUUGUUGUUGACAGUAUGCGGCAGGGAUUUCCCUGUGCAUUUUUGCUUUGUAGCCGGACCGAUCAGGCUGCAAUAACAACGUUUUUUAAUUUCGUUAGGGAGCAGGUAGGAAUAUUGAUGCCUAAAGUUUUCAUGGCUGACAUCGAAGAAUUUUUGUACGAUUUAUGGGUUUCCGUGAUGGGGUCACCGGACAGAAGGUUGUUUUGUUCUUGGCACGUCGAUCACGCCUGGAGAGAUAAUCUAAAUAGAAUAACCAGCCAAGAAAAGAAGGAAGAAACUUACAAUUUGUUGAGAAGGUUACUGUUGAUCGAGAGAGAUACAAACACAUGUAACAUCACCAUAUACGAGGCUUUCAACAGAAUGUUAGCUGACCCAGAUGCAGGAGAGUUUGCUUCCUAUUUCAAAGACAAUUUCAGCCAAAACAUUGAAUACUGGGCAUACUGUUAUAGACUAGACUUCGGAUUGAAUGCCAACACCCACCUGGAGAAGCUGCAUAAGAUAUUUGAGUACAUUUAUUUAGAUGAGAGGAACUGUAGAAGACUCGAUAAGUGUCUAUUUGUUCUGAUGCGAUUCAUAAAAGAUCAGUUAUUUGAUCGACUAGUGAAACAUAGACAUUGCGUAAAAAUACCUUGUAUUUCACAAACCUUGAAGGAAAGGCAUGCUGCCAGUCUUGAUUUGGAGUUUGCGAAUAUAAUUAGAGAUAAUAAUGGAUGGCGAGUUUCUUCGUUAGUUGGAGGUGUGAGUUCAGUGAAAGUGGAAGAUGCUCAGUGUAGAUGCAGCUUGAGAUGCAAAGAAUGUGACAUCUGCUUGCAUAAGUAUUCCUGUUCUUGCUUAGACAACAGCGUCAACUGGAAUAUGUGUAAACACAUACACUUGGUGUGCAGAUUCCUUCAAAAUAAGACUGAGUUUGUGGAUGGUCGAGUUGGAGAUACUUCUUCCCUUGGAGAUAUUUCAAUUGACUACAAUGAUUUUGGAGAUUCUGAGGAAUUCAUUAGCAUCACACCUGAAGUAUCGAAAACAGAGGGUUAUAAGAAACUUUUUGCCGAAGAGAAAGAUGCUCUUUGUAGACAAUUCAGGGAGUUGGUGAGAGGUGUUUCUAGUCCUGAUGACCUGCAGACCAUUAAAAAAUGUAUUUCUAGAAUGAAACAUGAACUUAAAGGGGUUUGUUCUAAAAAAAAAGUUGAGACAUAGCCGAAGUAGUUGUAAUAAAUAGAUGUAUUUGCAACAUUUGGACUUUUAUUGGCCUUGCAAAAGAAAAUCAGUUACAGUAUUCUUCAACAUAUAACUGUAACUCUUUCAAAUUUUUUGACAAUUCCAUGUAUUUCCAAAAAAUUGUAUUAUUGGUGAGGUACACAAUAGAUUCCUCUGAAAAAUUAUAUAAUAGUUAGUCUUGUGAAUAAAACACUGGAAAAUCAAAA